AUGCUUCAGUCCUCACUUCUCUCCGUCGUGGCCGGAGUUCUCACUGCCACUUCCACCGUUUACGCUCUCCCACAAUCCAAUUCCGGAUCAGGCUCUGGUUCCUCAACAGCAUGCAACAACUCUCCGGACCUCUGCAACCGCAGCUAUAACAACAUCACACACAUGGGCGCUCAUGGAAGCUCUUUUCUACGCGAUGGCAACAAUGGACUCGCCGUCGCAGGUAACCAGAACUUUAAUGCCACAGAUGCCCUCGACGCUGGUCUUCGUCUACUUCAGGCCCAAGUACACAAAGAAAACAACACCCUCCGUCUUUGUCACACUUCGUGUGACAUUCUCGAUGCUGGCCCACUCGAGGACUGGUUGACUAAAAUCAACGUGUGGAUGAAGGCGAACAAGAAUGAGGUUGUCACUCUCUUGCUUGUCAACUCCGAUGAUGCCAAACCUGAUGAGUUUGGGCAAGCCAUUAACGGUUCCGGCAUUGCUGAACUGGCUUACGCACCCGCUAGCCAGGAACCGACCAGCGAGUGGCCUACUCUCAAGUCCAUGAUCGAUAACAGCACACGCCUCGUUACGUUCGUCACCAACAUUGAUGCUUCGACCCAGUAUCCCUACCUGAUGCCAGAGUUCGACUAUGUCUUUGAGACAGCGUUUGAGGUUCCUUCUCUCACCGGCUUCAACUGCACUGUCAACCGCCCUUCUAAGAUUAAGGAUGGUGCUACAGCCAUGGCCAGUAACUACAUGGGUCUCGUCAACCAUUUCAAGUAUCAGAGUCUUUCAGACAACAGUGACUUGUUCGUCCCUGACACUGAGAACAUCGAUACUGUCAACAGUGAUGGUACCAGCGAGGAUGGUCAGUUGGGUAAGCAUCUUCAGGAAUGCCGACAGGAGUGGGGUGCUGUACCCAACUUUGUGCUGGUUGACUUCUUCGAGAAGGGUCAGGUUCUCGCUGCGACAGACAAGAUGAACGGCAUCUCUGACGCCACUGGACGUGAGGAGGUCUCAGAUGAGUCGAUGGGCAGCACCACUGACAGACAAGUCGGCAUGGUCGCCCUGACUGCCUUCGUCGCUGCCGCAGUGCUGUUGCAUUCAAGCACAAUUUCUUUGUCUUCACUCUUCUAUACCCGACAUUAUUUACACAGCAACAUUAUCAGCAAUUCGGGCAUCAUGAAGUCGUUAAUGAUUGCGACGUCAUGUCAGCCAAUUGGCAGUGAUCUUAGACCCAACUUCAAGACCCAUAACCCUAGAAUAUCUUCAAUAGAUUCCUCUUAUUUCCACCUUCACUCCCAAUCAUAUUUCAUAUCACUCAAACAGGAACCUGGGAUUUUUACUAUGAAUUACGACAGUAUUGCUACGCCAGAGUCGUGCUAUGUCGACUUUUGCCUUCUUCCCAUCGGAACAGGAACUGUAUCCGUAGCAGAGGAUAUUGCUGAGGUGCAAAAGGUCCUCAAGGCGAGUGGAUUGAAGUACACUCUUCACUCUGCUGGUACCACCGUUGAGGGAUCGUGGAAUGAGGUUAUGGCGGCUGUAGGAAAGGCGCAUGCUGUUGUGCACCGCCGUGGUGUAGUCAGGAUUCAGUCGUCGAUGAGGGUUGGUAGCCGAACGGACAAGAAACAGACGGCGGAGGACAAGGUCAAGAGAGUGGAAAACCUGCUGGCCAAGGACGAGUCUAAGUAA